AGACCCACCUCCUGUCGUCUGAAAUUAUCUAUACACAGUGUCAAUUAAAAUAGGGUUGAUUUCCACAGCUUGUUCAUCCUCUUGUGCUGUGGAGAACUUUGCGAACUUUGCAUAGUGGUUAAACAAAAUUAUUCCCUGGAUGUGUCUUUAUCUCUUAACCAUGGCACGUGUCAUGCUAUUAAUUAUGCCAGCAACCUUUGACCAUCCACACCGGAAGCAUGGAGUGAUGGAGGUAGAAUGCCGGAAAAAGUGUGGUGUCCCAGUGAAGCCAUACUUACUUGCACAAACAUAUGUUGUUCGUGACUAUCUCAAGACUUUGUAAAAAAGCAGACUAUGGCUGAUCUCUAGUCUAGUGUAUAGCCAGCUAGAAGUUGUCUUCAAUUUAUACAAAACCACAGCAAGGCAUUUAGUCUGUAAGUUCAAGGACAUAUACUUGUAUUAGAAUGGAAGCCACAACAUUAGAUGAACUCAAGCAGAUAUUUGAAGCCAAGAUUGCUGGACUGACAAGAUGUAUGGAUUUAUCAUCAGAAGUGUUAGUUCCAGGUGGUCUGGAUGACUCCUGCAGACAGCAACUUUCAGGAAUCAACAGAGAGUUGUGCGUGCUAGAGUCAGUCGUUGGGCAAAUGAGAGAACUGAUUCAGUAUGAGAAAGAUCAGUUUCAGAGAACAAAGACUCUUAAAGCGCAUAUUGAAGAGAUGUGUCGUCAUGUUCAGCAUAUUGAGACUCAUAUACCAGACAGGUUACCUGGAAGAGAGAAUAGAACAUCCAACAGCAACACUACAAGCAACAGCCGCCCACCUUUGAAAUCAGUAGAAGAUAACCAGAGACCAGGUUCAGGUAGCUCAGGGCAUCAGAUGGGCACCAAGAAAGAUGACAAGGGACAUCAGGGCGGCAAGAAUAAGAAGAUAUGUCUGCCCUCGAUGGAGUUUAUGACAGUGGAUGAAUUUGAUGCUGUUCCCAAGUACAUGAAGGGUAGAUUGACCUAUGAGUCCAUCAAUGCUGCUGUAGACCUCAUCAAUACAACGGUCAGUACACGCUACUCACUCCUACAAAAACCACAAAAGACUCUCGGCAAAACAGCCAUGAAGAAAGUGAGGCAACUUAAAGAGCAAGAAAACAAAGAUACUAAAGGCCUGUUUUUCUUCACUGAUGAUGAUUUUAAGGGAAGUAGCAACGGUCGAUUCUUGACAACAUCUCGCUCAAUCUUCACAAUCCUAAGACACUGUGGAAGGCUCAGAGAAAUCCGCAGCACAGGUCUGACACGAUAUGCACUUGUUCCCUGAUGAGGUGGACUUAAAUUUGUCCCUCUUUGUGAAUGUGUAAAAAGUAAAAUCUGGUAAUGUUUGAGAAGUUCAAUGCCAAGUAAUGUUUCAUUUAAUAUAAUGUUAAAAUGGUAGUAGUAGAUUACUACCACUUCCCUUAUCAAAAUAGAAUUAUGAAAGUUUCAAAUUUGUAAAUCGCCAUCUAUCCAUAUUGUAUUAUGAUAAUUACUCAAAAUAAUUGUUAGCAUAAAAACUUAUGGAGAGCUGUUGAUAGUAUAAAAUAUUUUGAGAAACUGCUCCCUCUGAAGUAACAUAGUUUUUGAGAAAGACUUCAGGGCUGAACCCUUUUAUUAGCCAUCUGGUAGAACACAAAAUUGUACGACAAUGUUGUUUAUACUUUCAACAUUUUCUUGCAACUUCAUGACCAAUUGAGCCAAGCUUUGCACAGAUUUGGUAUUUUAUGCAUAUGUUGGUCUUUAACAAUUACCAAAGGUUUUUAGCACCUUUAAAGAGAGAUGUGGACGAAUAGACACAUCAUUAAAGACCCUGGACACUAUUCUUCUCACUUGGUGUAUCUCAACAAAUGCAUUAAGUGACAAACCUGUGAAAA